AUGCCCGUCCCUGAGUCGCACAGCCGCCAGGGCUCCGUAACGUACCCAAAUGUCGGCCGUCGGGGUCCUUCUCCUUCGGGCGCGCGUGGUGGUCCGUCUGUAUCGAGAGAGAACGGAUACAUCUCCUCUCAGGCUGUAGCACCACGUAUUGUCCCGAGCACAUCUACUGAUUCUGGGCGUGAGCUCAAGACGGUUCGGCUACCGCGGGAGUGCUUGCAGCGCUUCUUAUCCAUCGCGCGUAUCAACACAGCGCAGAACAGGGAGACGUGUGGCUUGUUACUGGGGAAGGACAAGGGUAGUAAGUAUGUCGUGACGACUCUCCUCAUCCCUAAGCAACACUCGACCAGCGACACAUGUACUAUGGAUGAGGAGGAACUUGUGUUGCAAUUUACCGAGGAGAGGCAUCUGAUUACGCUUGGCUGGAUUCAUACACACCCGACGCAAUCAUGUUUUAUGUCGUCAGUAGAUCUGCACACGCACUCUGGCUUCCAGCGUAUGCUACCGGAAUCAUUCGCAGUUGUUUGUGCACCUUCAUCACAACCCCAAUUUGGGAUCUUCCGAUUAACAGAUCCCGGGGGCUUGCAAACUAUCUUAGAUUGUACUGUCAAAGAGGCUUUCCAUCCACACCCCGAGUUGCCCAUCUAUACGGACUGCGACAAUAGCCAUGUACAAAUGAAAGACAUGCCUCUGGAGAUAGUCGAUCUGCGUGCAUAG